CCGUCCCUAUGGGGACGCCGAAAUCACCGGAAAAGGCGCGUUUAGUAGACAAUCCUCAAGGAGAAGGCAGUGGAAAGGCUUUUGCUAACGAGAAUCAACAAAAAAUCAAUUAUGCCAUGGCAAUCCAAAACCCAGCAAUCCCUAACCCAAGUCAUAGUCAAUUUGGGAACCCCGAAGUCAAGGCUAGGAGCACUAUUCACAAUGGUGUACCAGCGGUGCUAUUCAAAGCCAAGGAUUACUAUGAACUCAUGGCUCUGGAAUUCAAGUAUAUGUUGGUUGGUAAAUUCAUCAAAACUCGGCCUCAGCUUGAUAAGAUAAGGUCUAAAUUUGCUGAGAAAAUCUCGAUUAAGGGUACUUGUAAAAUUGGGGCUUUUAAUUAUCGAACCGUGUUUCUUGAUUUCGAUAAAGAAGAAGACUUUAAGAAUGUAUGGUACAGAAGAUCAGUAGAAAUAGAACGUCAGGUCAUGUGGUUUGAAAAAUGGUCUCCUCAUUCUAAACCCGAUGAAGACUCACCGAUUGUCCCGGUGUGGGUGUUACUCCCUGAACUCCCCUUCCACUGUCAUUCUUGGAACUAUAUUAAGCAAAUUGUUCGACCGGCUUGGAUUCCCUUAUCAUCUGAUUUGGCCACUGAUCAUAGAACUAGGCCAAGUAUGGCCAAGGUGAGAUUGGAAGUAGACCUCACCAAACCAAAAGUGACUUCUAUUUUUGUUGGUGUGGAGGAGGAUUCCUCUUCGUUGAAAGGUUUCUAUCAGAAAUUGGAAUAUGAAAACCCCCCCAAAAUUCUGUAUUCAUUGCAAGAUGCUGGGACACUCUAUCGUUCAAUGUAGAAGGGUGGCACAAAGAAAGAACAAGGAGAAGGACAGCAAAGAGAAGAAUAACAAGCAAGGAGAUGAUGCUGAACCUAGCAGGGUGAACGACAAAGAGUUGGACACUGCUCUAGAACAGGAAAAGAUGGUAAAAAAUAAGCAAGAGGUGAAGGCCAAGAAUCAGGAAAUUAAAGGAGGAAAGAACAGGGCCAAGAGGAACAGGCAUCAAAAUAAUAAAAACGAGGUUCAGCAAAAUAUAAGGGAGGAAAAGGACAAAGAGACACAAAACAAGCAAGCCACAGAAAUGGUGGAUGUGGAAGACACUGCUGAAAAGACCACGUCUGUGCUAAAAAAGAGACUGAACAAUAUUAAAAGGAAGAGGAAGAAGAAAAUGCCUAAAAAGAGAAGCAAGGUAAAAAUCCGAAUAGGGAAAGAUAGAGGGGGAGAAGUAGAGUCCAACAAUAUACAAGAAAUUAACAAGGAGGAUAAAGAUCAGAUAGGGACAAAAGAUGACUAUAGUGAGGGGGAGAUUGAAUCCAGAAAUGUUAAGGAUGGGAUGGACCAACAACAACAACAGGAUAAUGAGCAUGUUAAUAUAACCAGUGAGAAUAGACAAGAACAGGAGGAAAUGCAUUAGGAGGGAACAAGGGAUAAUAACAAGGCCAGGAGCAGAGAGAAUGAUAACGAGACUAUGUCAUCCAGUCUCCCCUCGAAUAUCAAGAACCAUCCUGGAAUUAAUCUAGUGGUGGAUUUAAAUGAGAAUACGCCAGAAACCUAUAAAUCCCAAGAGGAGAUGGAGAAUUACUGUGAAGAGGAAGACACUGAGGUUAGCAAGAGUAAGGAAAGGAAAGAGUAUAAGUUCGAGGACCAAUCACAGGAUGAAUGUGAUGCUCAACAACAUUUGAAAGAGGCAUGCGACAGAAUUGGCAUAUCCCCAGAAAGAAGACGCAGAAGUAAAAAAAAGAAGAUAUGAGUCGGUAAACAGAAGCAAAAAAGGAUUCAACAAGAGCAUUCCUCCUAAUAUAAGUAUGGAACUGCCCAGGGACAGCAAGACUAACAGUAAAAUGGAACUGUCCAGGGAUAGGAAGACCAACAACAAAAUUAGUCAAAACAAUGGAAGCAAGAAUUCGGAGAAUGAAAUAGAGAACAGUUGUGAUAGCAAAACUGAGGAACAGGAAAAAGAUAGUAAAAAUCAAGAGGAAGAAGAAAGCCAACAAAAAAGAGUGACAUGGCUGGGGGCAAGGAUAACAAAGAAAGAAACAAGAAGAACAAUAAAAGCAGCAAAGCUAGCAAGAAAAAAUCUUCACCUUCUUCCAGGGGAGGUAAGAACAAAAAAUCCUAUCAUUAAAUGUUUCCAAUGAUCAGUGCUAUUAUUUGAAACAUUAGAGGUGUAAGAUCUAGAAAGGCCAUUCACAGACUCAAGAGAAUGGUCAACAAAUACAAGCUUGACAUGGUUGCUAUUUCAGAGCCUAUGGUAAAUGGUAACAAAAUAGAGGGAUACAAAAGUUUUUUGGGAUUCAAGCAUUGCAUUUCCAACAUCAAUGGAAAAAUCUGGUGCUUUUGGAGAGAUGGCUGUGUAGUCAGCAUUGUUAAUAAUUUUGAACAAAUUACCCUCAAAAUCCAAAAAAAAAAAAAAAUUGUCAGGAAAUGUAUGUUACUGCAAUUUAUGCUAAAUGCACGCCUGGUGAAAGAAUGGAGCUUUGGAGUAGCCUGGAUAUUCUUAACAGGGAUAUUAAGCUCCCAUGGUGUAUUGGAGGGGAUUUUAAUGUAAUCCUUCAUCCAGAGGAGAAAAUUGGAGGAUUGCCCCAUAGGAAUGCUGAAAGCUAUGAUUUCUCUGAAUGUAUGGACUCUUGUGGUAUAGUGGAUAUUGGUUACUCAGGAUCCAAUUAUACCUGGUGCAAUAAUUGGAGGCCAAGCUUGAGGAUUAUGAAAAGCUUGACAGAGUUUUCAUAAAUGAUCAUUGGACACAAAAAUAUAGUUCUAACACUGUGAAACACUUAUCGUGAGUUGGUUCUGACCAUAGACCUCUAUUUCUUAGAUGGAAGAAUGAUCAGGUAGGGGGUAUCAAGUACUUCAAGUUUCUAGAAUUUUGGACCUGUCAAGAGGAUUUCUUGGAUGUUGUUCAAAGUGACUGGAAUCUGCACAUAGAUGGCAACCCAAUGUGGAGAUUUCAACAAAAGCUAAAAAGAUUGGGGAAAAGACUUGCUACUUGGUCGAGAAAUGAGAUUGGAGAUGUUCAUGAAAAUGCUGAAGUCAGGGAAAAUAAAAUGCAAAUCCUGGAGGAUUUAGACAUGGAGGCCAGGACUGAAAAUAGUAGAGAAGAGGUGAAUAGAGGUCAUGCUGAGUAUAUAUCCUGGUUAAACAAACAAGAUGGUAUUCUUAAACAAAAAUCCCAGGUUAGAUGGUUUGAAGAAGGGGAUAGCAAUACCAAAUAUUUUCAUGCGGUUAUCAGGGACAGAAGAAGGAAAAUCAAGCUGGAAAGAAUCAAGAACAAUAGAGGAAGAUGGGUAUCUGGAGAUGAAAAAAUGGCAAAAGUGGCUAUUAAGCAUUUUGACAAUUUGUUCAACCUCCAUCCCAACAGUGUAGAUCUUAACAUUCUUAAUUGCAUACCUAGAUGU